AUGCGUGAGUUGCGUGGUAAUUCAGAAGACAGCUACAAGAUGUUGUAUAGCUACUUGUACAUGUUAGAGCAGGUUAAUUCCGGAACAACAACAAGGGUGGAGUUGGAUGAGGCAGGAAAGUUCAAGUACAUUUUCAUAGCUUUAGGAGCUUGCAUUGAAGGGUUUAAGGUCAUGAGGAAAGUGAUUCUUGUGGAUGCUACGGUUUUGAAGAACGGAUAUGGAGGUGUACUAGUAUUUGCUAAAGAUCAAGAUCAUAAUCGUCACCAUUAUCCCCUAGCGUUUGGGGAACUCGACGGUGAGAAUUAUGCUAGUUGGACUUGGUUUUUCGAGAUGCUCAAAACUGUUAUACCGGACUCAUCUGAAAUAGUAUUUAUGAGCGAUAGGAAUCAGAGCCUCAUCACCGCUGUAGCAAAUGUGUAUCCACAAUCUCACAAUGGCCAUUGUAUAUGGCAUCUAGCUCAGAAUGUGAGAAAUCAUGCUUGUAACACCAUCAAAGCCGUAGUGGCAUGGAGAUUUAUGGAGUUUGCUAGGUAUUACACAGUGCAUGAGUUCGAGGCUGCUUAUGCAUCUUUUAAAGUGAGAUAUCCUUCAGCCUUCAAGUAUGUGGAGGAGAACACUAAGAGAGAAACAUGGGCUAGGGUCUAUUUUCCAGAUUUCUACUGGUUUAAUGAACAUCGGAAGGACGCUGUGUCUGGAUCGAUUGAUACCAAACUGGUUCUUCCGGUUGAGAUCCAUUUGCACAACUUAUGGGGCAAAGCUGAGAAAACGCCAGUGCGUGAGCUGAAUAGUUAUGAUCUUGAGUAUGAGGUAACCGACACUGACGAUGGGAAGGUUUAUUUGGUGAACUUGAUAGUGAAUACAUGUAGCUGCAAGGUAUAUGAUUAUAAAAAGUAUCCUUGUCUUCACGGACUUGCUGCUUACUUAUAUUUCCUUGAGGUUCCUGCUGCUCAUGGUCGUCGACGUGAGGUCAACAUAGAUAUCAUCAGUUGA